CUGAAUGCUUGCGCAUCUUGUCGUGAUAUUCASUGGKUCAAACAAACUCGAAAACUUUCUUUAGCAACAAGACGAAAAGYGUUGCACUUUAGUAUAUAGWUAGUACCACUGCAUAUCAAAAAACAGAGUCAUCUKUCCCCKACCACAAAGUAAACGUGAUCAUGAGAAGCGUACUUUAUUUUCGAUUGAUGGUGAUCUCCGCCAUUGCGUUGGUUGUUCUUCCGACGUCUACCAAAGCAGAGCGAGGACAACAAGAACACGUUGAAAGAGAAGAACAGCUACUCCGAGUGGGCAGCAGAAGGCAAAGGCGAAGAAGAGUCAUCGGGAAGAUUGACGAUGUCAGAGCUCGAAAGAUUGAUCCCGAUGGCUACAUGAAGAAACGCGAUUCUGUUGAUAAGACAGGACUGGGAACGAAGCUGGCUUCUAUGGAAAUGACAGCAGAAACGGAGGCUGCUUYAGCAAUGUUGGAAACCAUGCCCAAAAAGCCAAAGAAACCCAGAAAGCCGAAGAGGCCAAGGAAGARAAAGAAACCAAGGAAACCGAAAAAGCCACGGAAAGUCAAAAGAGGGAGGARGACAUCGGCACCAGUGCCCAUGCCCAYAAGUGAGACAGUYUUCGCUCCUAGUAGUGACCGAAGAGGCAUACUGAGUUAUUUUCCGUCGGAUGGGCCAUCAAUACAACCUUCCUUUGCUCCUUCGUCUGUACCAUCGGAUGGACCAUCUUUACUACCCUCUGAUGGACCUUCUCUACAACGAGGAUUCCGCAUUCCAAAGCCAACAGACAUGCCAAGUUCUUUUCCGUCCGAUGGGCCGUCACUGGAACCAUCUUCUUUCCCGUCMGAUGGGCCAUCACUAGAACCAUCGUCUUUCCCGUCGGAUGGGCCGUCACUAGAACCAUCAUCGGUUCUUUUGUCUCGGAGUUCUCCGAGCGAGCCAGUAGUAUUCAAUAAGAUCGUAGAUUCGACUCCGACGGCUCCUGAAACUCUUSCAACCGAGUCUCCAGCCCCUCAAAGCGAGCAAACAGGAUUCAUUAAGAUUGUAGGUUCGACUCCGACAGCUCCUSAAACUGUUGCAACUGAGUCCCCAACUUCUCAAAGCACGCAAACGGAAUUCAUYAAGGCCCUAGAUUCGACUCCGACAGCUCCUGAAACUCUUGCAACCGAGUCUCCAACCUCUCAAAGCGAGCAAACAGGAUUCGUUAAGAUCGUAGGUUCGACUCCGACAACUCCUGUAACUGUUGCGACCGAGUCUCCCACCCCUCAAAGCGAGCAAACAGGAUUCGUUAAGAUCGUAGGUUCGACUCCGACAACUCCUGUAACUGUUGCGACCGAGUCUCCGACCCCUCAAAGCGAGCAAACAGGAUUCGUCAAGAUCGUAGGUUCGACUCCGACACCUCAUCUGACCCCUGGACUAAGCUCUUUGCCAUCGGAUGGGCCAUCUCUUCAACCCUCUGAUGGACCAUCUCUGCAACCAUCUUUUGCACCUACAAAUGUGCCAUCCAGUUUACCUUCCGACGGUCCAUCAUUUCKUAAAACUCCUUCGCAAUUCAUAGAUGCAGGUUGCGUUGAUGACCCUACAUAUUUGGUUGAUGGUGAAGAAGGAGUUACUUGUAGCCUUAUCGCUACUUAUUUUCCGAACAAGAAAAUCAAUCAGUGCAAACAGAUUGACACUAUUACAAACCGGGCAGUAAAAGCRAGCUGUCCUCUCACYUGUCUGAGAAGAUGCAAGGAAUUUAGAACUAGUUCUCCGACCAGCACACCAAGUACUUUUCCAUCUUUCAUGCCGUCGGUUUCGCAAAGUCCAUCCUCACCACCGUCACCGUCCCCCUCAUCAACGCCUUCGACAACGCCUUCAUCAUCWCCAACAACUCUUGCUCCCACUUCUGAGCCUACCACAUUCUUACCUACGACCGCACCGACGACCUAUCAGCCCACCACCUUUUCCCCAACAACUUCCCCAACAACAUCUCCAACGUCUAGUUUGAGAGAUAUUUCUACUGCUGGGGCGAAAGUCAUCGAAUUUGAAAGUGAUUUCAGAAAUAGGGAAUCCGAAAGAAGACAAAAAACGCGAUCAACCCACAACCGAGAACCUCCGAAAUAACUGGACAUUUUAAUAUCUGACUGACAUUAAAAAAAGGCAAUUGAU